AUGUCUGCGACCACAGUGGACCACCAGCAGAGACCUAAAGGACAAGGAAAUAAAGUGCAAAACGGAUCAAUGCACCAAAAGGACGGAGUGAACGAUGAUGACUUUGAGCCUUACAUAAGCAGCCAGACAAAUCAGGGUAACAGCUACCCACCCAUGUCUGAUCCCUACAUGCCCAGCUACUAUGCGCCGUCUAUUGGAUUCCCGUACUCUCUGGGAGAGGCCGCCUGGUCCACAGCAGGAGACCCCCCUAUGCCCUAUCUGACUACCUACGGACAGAUGAGCAAUGGCGAGCCACACUUCAUCCCCGAAGGCGUGUUCAGCCAGCCGGGCGCCCUGGGAAACACGCCUCCCUUUCUGGGCCAACACGGUUUCAACUUCUUUCCGGGCAACGCGGACUUUUCCACCUGGGGUACCAGCGUGUCCCAGGGUCAGUCCACUCAGACCUCCGUCUACAGUAACAGCUACGGCUACGCGCCCAGCUCGCUGGGACGGGCCAUCGCCGACGGGCAGGCCGGCUUCGGAAGCGACACGCAGCUCAGUAAGAUGCCUGUGUUGAACAGCAUUGAGCAGAGCAUGGCGGGGCUCAAACUGGGUACGGACAUGGUUGCGGCUGUCACUAAAACCGUUGGUUCCCCCUUAGGGGGCACCGCGGGUAUGAGCAGCAUGGCGGCCAAUAACCUUCCGCCUUCGAUGAGUUCGUCUGCAGGUAAGCCCGCCUCUUGGGCGGCCAUCGCCAAGAAGCCGGCCAAGCCGCAACUAAAGGCUAAGCCCAAAGCCAACAUGGGGAUAAUGGGCGCCGCCAUUCCUCCGCCGCCUAUAAAGCACAACAUGAACAUUGGUACUUGGGACGAUAAGGGCCCCCUGAACAAACCGCCAUUAGCUCAGACGAUGAUGUCGGCGCCGCCACUGGUGCAGCAGCCUCUUCUCGCCCAGCCCCCGGCCUUACUGCAAAGCCCUUUGCCCCAUCAACCUCAGCACCAGCACCAACCCUUUCACUUGCAAUCGCUCCAGUCCCCGCAGCACCCUCAGUCCCUCCCUCCCGGCCCUCUGCACCUCUCCUCCCACCCCGGUCCGCCUCAAGCCCUCCAUCAGCAUCAACCCCAGCAGCCCGGCCCGCCGCCCAGCCGCUGGGUGGCUCCUAGGAACCGAGGGGACGGGUUCGGCAUGGGCGUCGGCAUCCCGAUGAACGCCUCGCUGUGUUCUGGCGAAGUGCACCCCGUGCUGGAGAAGCUGCGCGCCCUCAACAACUACAACCCCAAAGAGUUUGACUGGAACUUGAAAAACGGACGCGUUUUCAUCAUUAAGAGCUAUUCGGAAGACGACAUCCACCGCUCCAUCAAGUACUCCAUCUGGUGCAGUACAGAACAUGGCAACAAACGUCUGGACGGGGCCUACCGCUCACUGGGCGGCAAAGGUCCCUUGUACCUACUGUUCAGCGUCAACGGCAGCGGGCACUUCUGUGGCGUGGCCGAGAUGCGCUCGUCGGUGGACUACAACGCCUAUGCCGGCGUCUGGUCUCAGGACAAGUGGAAGGGCAAAUUCGAGGUGAAGUGGGCCUUCAUCAAGGACGUGCCCAACAACCAGCUGCGACACAUCCGGCUGGAGAACAAUGACAACAAGCCGGUGACCAACUCCAGGGACACUCAGGAGGUUCCCCUGGAGAAGGCCAAGCAAGUGCUUAAAAUUAUCGCCACUUACAAGCAUACCACCUCAAUCUUUGAUGACUUUGCACAUUACGAGAAACGCCAAGAGGAAGAGGAGGCUUUAAGGAAGGAACGCAGUAGAAAUAAACAGUAA